AUGCGGUUCGCUCUUUUCUCUCUUCUGGUCCUCCUUGCCGUCGCCUGCCUCAACGCUUUGCCGAUGGGAUCCGCUGGUUAGUUUUAUUUUUUUGAAAUCUCUUCUAUCGGUAAUUGCAUUGGUUUUAUUCGGAUAUAAGCUAACAAUUAUCAUACCUUCUGAAAUUCAAGUUUUAUCAGCUUCUAAGUAAAGGCUAAAAAUUUAAAUUGCCAAAUAAACUUGGCUUCUGAGUUUUUGUGUAAAACCUGAAUAAAAUUAAGUUUUUGAUAUUCAACUAUUUGGGAUAAUUUUCUUAUUGAAUGGCUCUAAACGUCGUCUCAGCCCUCAGUUUUUUUCUUUCUUCAGCAGGACUGACGAACGAAGGCAGCAUGGGCGGCGCUGGAGCAGAACACGACCGCGAGCCCCGUCGCGGAGCCCUGGGCAACGCGAUGCGCGGAGCUCUCGCCGGAGCCGCCGUCGGACUCGCCGCCGGAAAAUAA